UUUGGAGUUCCACAGGUGAAUUGGCAAACAGCAUCACAGUCCGAAGGAGCACGUAGAGACUUCACUUGACGAAAAACCCCCACCCCCACCCGAAAGGUGACCCAGCAAGUGGCUGAGAUGUCCUGCCUUUCUGCGCCAACGAGAGCCUCUGUCCUGGGAGUGGCUGCGAGAGUUACUGUACUCCUUCUGGUAUUUGGACUCGCAGAAUGUGCUGCAGGAUCGUGUCUCAGUUACGGCCAUUCCUGUUGGGGAGCGCACGGCAAGAGAAGUGGCAACGUGCCGGCAACAGAGGAGGUGCCAGAGGAUGGUGCCGAAGCCAUGGCGGCCAUUGCGGCGCCAGAAGACACACGAUGGUUCCUUUCCAAGCUGGUGCGGCGCGCGGAACCCAGCGGUAGGAGCAAAAUGUGGCAAAGGUUUGGAGGUCUCAGUUUACCCUCUGUUGGAGAUCGGCGGCACAAAGAGACCCAGUGGAAGAACAGUCCCUCAGAGGAAGACCCUGAUAAUGCAGGGGAAAGCGAAACCGUAGUGAGGUCUAGAACAGUUGAAAGCUCUGAAGAUGGACCAUCCGGCAUAUUGGUCCCUGCAAGUGGAGAAUACCCAGUGCAGGACAGCCAAGAUGGCGAAGUAGUCCUUAUGGCGGACGAACAAGCAAUGAGAAGGAUGCCUCAGAACUUGCGGGUCUAUAAAAUUAUGAAUCGCCAAGGAAGAAAACUGGAAUAAUAAUUUGCAACUAUUUACAAACCAAAAAAUGUAUAAUUUUAUUUAAUUUGUAAGUUAUUUCUUCGACUGAAUUACGUUAUAUAAAAUUAUAAAUUCUAUAAACCCAGUAAUAAUUUAUGUUCAAACUCUCAUCCUCAAAGUGGUCAAUAGUUUCAAACAUGUGGCCUCACUAUUACGUAUAAUAGAGUUAACAAUCCAAUUAUUUUCAUACUUCAGUACUUUUCUUGUUUCAGAAUAAAUGCAUACUUAGUGCGUCCACUGAAAUCUGUAUAUUGUAUUGUAUUUUCUGAGGGAGUACAUAAUUAAUUCAAGAAAACGUGCUUUUUAAUAAAAGUAAUGGUGAUUAUUUCACCAUUUUUAUUAUA